AUGGUUCACCCGGAAGAUACGGCAUCCACCUCAAAUAUUGUCGAUAAAGACUACGAGAUUCAAGAAUAUGAUGUAACGACUUCAAGCUCUGUGGCUCCAAGCAGUAAGAUAUCUAACGACCCUCCAACGGACGGGGAGCGCGAGCCGGAGGCUGGCGGCGACGGCCUGGAGGCGGCGCUGUGGCGGCUGGGGCGGCCCGGCCGCUUCCUCUGGUCGGUCUUCCUGCUUUGCUCGCUGCCCGGCGUCUUCAACAUGUGGCACCUCACCUCGUACGUCUUCCAGGGCUACCGCGUCGACCACUGGUGCCACGUGGAGGCGCUCAGCGCCCGGGGCUGGAGCGAGGCCCAGGUGCGAAACAUCUCCGGACAAGGAGAAGCGGAGUCCUGUUCGUACUACAACUACAACUACAGUGCACUGGCUGACCUGGGCUUCGUGGACGCGCUCCAAGAGGUGCAGUCGCAGCCGCGGCCUCCGAGAGUCCCCUGCGUCAGCCACGACUACGAGGACCUCCACACCAUCACCUCACAGUGGGACCUGGUGUGUGAGAGGACUGCGCUUCGCUCCACGGCUCAGAUGGUCGUCUCUUUCGGGAAGCUGCUUGGCGCGCUCAUCUUCGGCUUCAUCGCAGACAGGGCGGGCCGCAAGACGAGCCUGACGCUGUCCUUCCUGAUCUACAUCGUGGUGGGCCCGCUGUCCGGGCUGCUCGCCUACUACUGGGUCUUCGUGGCGGCGCGCCUGCUCAUCGGCAUGGCGGGCGCCGGCUGCUUCAACUGCGGCUUCACCCUGC